UUUCUCACAACCGAAUUGAACACGUCAAAAUAGAGUAAGAGGGUAAGCUCGCUAGUGCUUGGGCAAACAUGUCAGCCCUCGAUCGAAGAGCAGGCAACGGUGCCAUCAGCACCAAUGGUAAUACCGUAAAUGGUGGAACUGCAGAUAUCGCCAUCACAACUCAUGGCUCCGACCUCUACUUCGCCAUCUGCGCUGCUAUGGGUACGGCAACCAUUGUGUUCAUGAGCCUCGCCCUCACCAAGCCGCGCCAGCACCGUAUUUUCCACUACAUCACUUCCGGCGUCACCAUGGUCGCAACCAUCGCGUACUUUUCCAUGGGCAGCAAUCUGGGCUGGACCCCGAUCGAGGUGGAAUAUCACCGUAGCGAGUCCGUCGUACGCGGAAACUACCGUGAGAUUUUCUACGUCCGGUACAUCGAUUGGUUCAUCACCACCCCGCUGCUGUUGAUGGAUCUGCUCUUGACUGCAGGCAUGCCUUGGCCGAGUGUGCUUUGGGUCAUCUUGGUUGACGAGGUCAUGAUUGUUACUGGACUUGUUGGCGCUUUGGUGCGAUCGGACUAUAAGUGGGGAUACUUCGCAAUGGGCUGCGCCGCGCUCGUCUACAUCGUCUACGUCCUCGGUUGGGAAGCGCGCAAGCACGCGUCAGCCCUAGGACCCGACAUUGGGCGCGUCUUCCUGAUGUGCGGCUCCCUAACCACCGUCCUCUGGAUCAUGUACCCAAUUGCAUGGGGUGUCUGCGAGGGCGGAAACGUCAUCCCGCCCGACUCGGAGGCAAUCUUCUACAGUGUCUUGGACUUUUUGGCGAAGCCGAUCUUCGGCACACUCUUGCUCUUCGGUCACCGCAAUAUUGAUCCUAGCCGUCUGGGCUUGAGGAUCCGCGAUUACGACGAAGAUCCGAUGGUCCACGGUGGAAUUCAACGUGAGAAGCGUGGAGCGACGCAAGGUGCUGCGGGCAAUGGUGUCACCGCUGUUGGCGCUACGACUGGGGAGAAUGUCUAGAGUGUCGAGCUCUCCAAUUGGUGACUUUUUCCUUUCACUCGAUCCUGGUGGGAGGAGCAAGGAAUUCGGUGAACGCAAUUUGGAUACCACCAGGCUAGCAGCCACCUGUACAGAGCGAAAAGACUGUGAUAGUGGUUUUUGAUAUUGGAACUUUUGAAGUACUGAACAGACGAAUAGCAGAACGCGAGAGCCAACAACGAAACGAUUGAACAUUACCUCGUGUUAUUUCAGCUACUGCG